CCCAAUAGAUCUACUGAUCAAUCUUGUGAUCAUCCCCAUGAGAGGUGGGGGAUUCUCAAUUCUCAAACAAAUCUCCAACUUGACCAAGUUGGAAUUCUUUUUUAUGUUGAUGUAAGAUUGAGAAUCAAAUAGACCAAAUCUUCUCCAAUUUUGAACUAUCAUAAGCCUCAUCAUCACUAUCUCCUUCUUCUUCUUCCAUACUCUCUGCCCGCUGCCGCAUUUGACCGGAAACAGAGCCAGCAAAAGAAGGGGAGAGUUCAUAGAUAUGUCGAGGGCGAUCAUGGGUUCUUCCAGGAACAGAGGUUUGCUGUUAAGAGCUCCGUCGCCGGAGGAGGGGGCGGCCAACAUUCUUAAACAUCUGUUCUCGACCUCGCCGGCAAGUGGCACUGAAAGCAGGAAGCUAGAAGGCAAAAUAGCAGUGAUCACCGGAGGAGCAAAUGGGAUAGGGAGAGAAACCGCCGCCAAAUUCAUCCACAACGGCGCCAAAGUCAUAAUCGCCGACAUCAACAAGGACCUCGGCCUCCAGACCGCACGCCAGCUAGGCCCCAGGGCAUCAUUCAUUCCUUGUGACGUGGCCAACGAAUCCGACGUGUCAGACGCCGUGGACUUCGCGGUGUCCCAGCACAGCCGCCUCGACAUCAUGUACAACAACGCCGGCGUCUCCUGCCGAACCCCUCCCAGCAUCGUCGACCUCGACCUGGAAACCUUCGACAGGGUGAUGGGAAUCAACGCGAGGGGAGCGCUGGCGGGCGUGAAGCACGCGGCGCGGGUGAUGAUUCCGCAGCAGAGCGGGACCAUCCUGUGCACCGCCAGCGUGACGGGGAUCAUGGGCGGGAUGGCCCAGCACACGUACAGCCUGACCAAGGCGGCGGUCAUCGCCAUCGUGAAGUCGGCGGCGGCGGAGCUUUCGCACCACGGGGUGAGGGUGAACUGCAUCUCCCCGUUCGCCAUUCCGACGGCGUUCGUGAUGGAGGAGCUACAGCACUAUUACGCCGGGGAGAAGCCGGAGAGGAUCAUGGAUAUCGUGUACGCCAUGGGGACGCUGAAGGGGGCGAGGUGCGAGCCGGCCGACGUGGCGAACGCGGCGGUGUAUCUGGCGUCGGAGGAUGCCAAGUACGUUUCCGGGCAUAAUCUGGUGGUGGACGGCGGGUUUACGUCGUUCAAGACUCUGGGGUUGCCUGAAAGAAAUUAAGUAGCAAAGUUUGGGGAGGUAAUAGUAAUUAAUCCCUAUUUGGGACAACAACUAUAUCACAACUGAAGUUUGGCCAAUCUCUAUUUUUAUCCUGCUCUCACUUUCCUUUGUGUAUUUUUAACAGUGAAUGUGUCAAUUAUCAUGCGGGUAUUUGAUUGAACCCAAAUUAAUAUUUGGAUUUUGAUUAGGAACCCAAAUUGAUCUAUGUGGAAGGGUAUUUUCCGACAUGUAGUAGUAGUCAGAAUGCGAAGACGGUGGUCCCCGGAACUGGCGGAAGCGCAAGCAAUUCGUUUCGGGUUAAGGAUGGAGAGAACCCAUGGAUUACGGCCAGGCGAGAGAUCAAGACGGAUUGUCUGCUUGUGAUUCAUGUUAGAGAGUGGUAUAAGAUCCAGCAGAACCUUCUCCCAACAACUCGAGUUAUUGGGAUCAACUGGUUCUUGACAUGGUAUCAGAGCUGGUUUGGCCAAGUGGUCGUGUGUUCGAAUCUCCACGACCCCCAAUAUUAACAUUGGAUUAAAGCACAAGGUAUGUUGGGCCUGUGCAAACUUCAAGCUCAUGGGUUGGCUUUCAUUUGAGGGGGCGUGUUAGAGAGUGAUAAAUUACGAUUUAGCACCUAUACUUUUUAUAUUUUAUAUUUUGGUACCUAAAAUUUAUUUUUAGGAUAAAUAUAUCAUUGGAAAAUUAUAUUUUGGUACCUAAAUUUUUUUAUUAGACAUUUUAGUACCUAAACUAUUCAAAAUUUACAAAAUGGUCCAAGACUUGUAUGUCAUACUCAUAUAUAUGGAUUCAUGGAUCAAUACACCAACAGGGGCGGGCCCAGGGGAGUUUUGGGGGUGACCCGGGACACCCCUAAAUUUUGAAGAAAUGAUUAUCCAACCCCCGGUGAUAAUUUACGUAUGGACAAAAAGCUUAUAAUUGAUAAUGGGGACACUCCUGAAAUUUGGAAAAGUGAUUAUCCUACUCUCAUUUUUUAGUUUGUGUAUGGGAAUAUAAGUGAUAGUUUGGGUAAUUCGAACCUAUGACGACAUUACUAUUAUUAAUAAACAUAAUUUCUAUUAGAUUACAACUCAUUUGUUGUUCGAUUUUAACAGUGUAAUAGUAAAAUGGCAUUCACUAUCUCUAAUUGUUUUCAAAACAUAACAACUAAACUAAUUUCAAGCUACCUUUAAUUUUUAUUAAUUUUAUGGUUGUAAGUGUAGAAAGUGUCUUUUUUAACUUUGGGUUCCAUCAAUAACAAUUUAAGAAUCGAAUAUGCGAUCAGUUCUUGAAUGAUUGUCUAGUAUGACAUACAAAGACAAUUUUUUUAGCAGUGUAGACACCAAGUGUAUUCUAUAAUUAUUUUCGAAUAUGAAAACACUUUGUGAAUUUUUUUUAACUUCGUACCAGUCAGGUAUUUUCUUAUUUAAGAAUUAUUUAUUAUUUAAUAUAUUUUUUAAAAGAGGACAUCCCUAUGUAAAAUUUUUGGGUCUGCCACUAUCCAUCAAGCCACUUGAUUCAAUCUAUGAAUCCAAUCUAGUUAAUCCAUAAAUCUACUAAUCCAAUUCACGAAUCCAAUCUAUUUGCCAUCUCAACCCAUAAACCAAGUGCGAAUGA